AUGGAGCAGAUCUUUAUGAUUGAAGUGUUUGUAAAAAAGAUCAUAUUGAAAAUAGAACCACCUGAAAAAGAUGAAUAUGAACUGCAAAUGGAAGCAGAAGCGAAAAAGAGAGAAGCGGAAGAACUUGCAGCACUAGAAGCAGCAGCUGCGGCGAAAAAGAAAGGGAAGAAAGGUGGUAAUAAAGGUGGUGGCAAGAAGAAAGGAAAAAAAGGAAAGGAACCUCCACCUCCAACAGAAGAAGAAAUGAAAUUUUUACAAUCAUGCACAUUGCAAAUGAGCUGUCUGCCACUUUUUGAUUUCUAUAUAGCACACGAUAAUUUCAUUCCACCUCCUCCGCCUGAACCUCUUCCAAAAAAGAACCCCUACCCCAGGUACCCUUUUUUUGGCGUUGGUAAUGCUGCUAUAUUUCUAUCAAGGCCUUCGAAACUAGAAGAAAUAUUAGAAAAGACUCCAAUUUACAUAACUGUUUGGAACAGAGACCAGGAAAUGAACUGCAUAGGUUUCGUUAUUGUCAAUUGGCAUGAAACUUUCUUUGAGUGCCUUAAGCUGGCAAGCGAACUAAACCCAGUAGACAUGGAUAAAGGAGAAUAUAGAAGCACAAAGAAAUCAGAAAUGGCGACAAAUACCAUAGAAAUGACACGACCAUUGCAGUGCGAAGAAGAUUUAAAAACUUCUGAAGCAGAACGUUUACCUGGACGAAAAUAUUUAAGCGAUAAUUUAAAAUUAAAAGACGUUGAAGUUGUAAGGCAUUGGGAGGGGACAUUAAUCGAUGAUGUUUUGCCAGUGGCAUACUUUUUUGGAGCACCUGAUAUAACUCGAGAACCUAUUCGUCCACCCGAAGAAAUUGUGCUGACUGAAGAUUACACCGCACCGUAUACUAACGAGGAGUUGGCAAUUCUUGCUAUGGGUUUUCCUAAAGGUCCUUGUGGGGGUACAAAUUGUCCUAAGAGAAUGGAAUAUAGAGGUAGUCAACACCAAUUCAUUGCAGGAGAGAUGAUGAAAGGUAAAUACCAGCAUGGUCAAUUUGUAAAUAAGAGAGAUGUUCAUGGUCCUUGUGGCAGACUUGAUUGUGCUUUAGCAAAGAAAGUUCGUCAAUAUCUCGCCAAUGAAGGCGUUUACAAGGUUUGUAAAAAGCCUUGUUCCAAAGAUUACUACUAG